AUGCUUAUUAUAUUGUACUCAUGUUCUGCCAUAGAUAUCACUUAUGAUUCAAAUGCUCUCAUCAUCAAUGGAGAAAGGCGUCUUAUUUUUUCAGGAGCAAUCCAUUAUCCUAGAAGCACCGUGGAGAUGUGGCCCGACCUUAUUCAAAAGGCUAAAGAUGGUGGCCUGGAUGCAAUUGAAACUUAUAUAUUUUGGAAUCGUCACGAACCUGUUAGAGGUGAAUAUAAUUUCUCUAAAAAUUUGGAUUUCAUCAAGUUUUUUAAGCUUAUCCAAGAAGCUGGACUAUAUGUCAUCAUGAGGAUUGGCCCUUAUGUAUGUGCGGAAUGGAACUAUGGAGGGUUCCCGUUGUGGCUUCACAAUAUUCCAGGGAUCGGGUUAAGAACCGAUAAUCCAAUUUACAAGAACGAAAUGCAAAUUUUUACCACAAAAAUUGUGAACAUGACAAAAGAAGCAAACUUGUUUGCAUCACAAGGUGGACCCAUUAUUCUAGCUCAAAUUGAGAAUGAAUAUAGAGAUAUCAUGUGGAAUUACAAAGAUGCUGGAAAGGCAUAUGUAAAAUGGUGUGCUCAAAUGGCUCUAUCACAAAAUAUCGGUGUUCCAUGGAUCAUGUGUCAACAACCUGAUGCUCCUCAACCUGUCAUAAAUACUUGCAAUGGAUAUUAUUGUCGUAAUUUUAAACCCAAUAACCCAAAAAGUCCUAAAAUGUUCACUGAAAAUUGGAUUGGUUGGUUUCAAAAAUGGGGGGAAAGGGUUCCCCAUAGAAGUGCUGAAGAUUCAGCUUACUCUGUUGCACGUUUUUUUCAAGAUGGUGGUGUAUUAAACAAUUACAUCAUGUACCAUGGAGGAACCAACUUUGGACGCACAUCAGGUGGACCGUAUAUAACCACGUCGUAUGACUAUGAUGCCCCAAUUGACGAGUAUGGGAAUUUGAACCAGCCAAAAUGGGGACAUCUUAAGCAUCUUCAUUCAGCAAUAAAAUUAUGUGAAAAUGUUCUUACAAGUUAUAGUGCAAGGAACGACACGGAUCUUGGUAAUGGAAUCACACUAACAACAUACACUAAUUCCACUGGAGCUAGAUUUUGUUUCUUGAGUAAUAAUGACGCUAAUAAAGAUGCAAAUAUUGACUUACACAGUGAUGGUAAAUACUUUGUUCCUGCUUGGUCUGUCAGUGUUCUUAAUGGUUGCAAUAAAGAAAUUUUCAAUACUGCAAAGGUUAAUAGUCAAACCUCAAUAAUGGUGAAAAAGAGCGAUGAUAAAAGUUCUACUAAGCUCACUUGGGAAUGGAAAAUGGAGCCAAAGAAAGACACCAUGCAUGGAAAGGGAAAUAUUAAAGCACACCAGCUUUUGGAGCAGAAAGAACUAACAUUGGAUGCUAGUGACUAUUUAUGGUACAUGACUAGUGUUGAUAUCAACGACACUUCUAUUUGGAGCAAUGCAACUCUUCGUGUGUACACUAUGGGUCAUACACUUCAUGGUUAUGUUAAUAGGAGUGCCACCGUUGGGCUUGCAAAUUAUGGUGCUUGGUUUGAUGAGAUAAAAACUGGCAUACCAGGUGGUCCUGUUCAAUUGAUUGGAAAUAAUAAUGUGACUAUGGAUUUGUCAACCAACCCUUGGUCUUAUAAGGUUGGUUUAAAUGGUGAGAGAAAACAUCUAUAUGAUUUGCAACCACACGUAAGUGUGUCAUGGAACAAUAAUUCAUCUUAUAUUCCUAUCGGAAAGCCCAUGACUUGGUAUAAGUCUGAGUUUAAAUCUCCUUUGGGAACAAACCCUGUUGUGGUUGACCUGCAAGGAUUAGGUAAAGGCCAUGCCUGGGUGAAUGGCCAUAGCAUUGGUCGUUAUUGGCCUUCUAUGAUUACAGAUGCAAAUGGAUGCAGCAACACAUGUGAUUAUCGUGGGAACUAUGUAAAGGAAAAAUGCAACACCAAUUGCGGAAGUCCAUCACAAAGGUGGUACCAUGUGCCAAGGUCAUUCUUGAACGAUCACAUGAACACAUUGGUUUUGUUUGAAGAAAUUGGUGGAAAUCCUCAAAGUGUUCAAUUCCAAACCGUAACAACGGGAACUAUUUGUGCUAACGUAUAUGAAGGUUCCCAGUUAGAACUAUCAUGCCAAAAUGGACAAGUAAUCUCACAAAUACAAUUUGCUAGUUUUGGAAAUCCAGAAGGUCAAUGUGGAUCUUUUAAAAUAGGUUCAUGGGAAGCUACAUUAUAG